AUGGAUGCUUACUCUAUGCUCCAGAAUAAAGUCCCAACUCAAUUAACACUGGGUCCUUCCAGUCGAUCCAAUUCCAAUCCGGACGAUCCGCUUUUAACUCCUGUUUCCGAAGUGAUCAGUCCUGAUGCCAUGCCUUCACCAAGUACUCACAGCUUUAUUACCAACGAAAUUACAGGUCCUCCCUCCAGAGGUCACUGGAAGCCUGAUGCCGAAGCUACUCGUUGCGACUUUCCGUCUUGUCAGAUAACAUUUGGAUUAUUAAAUCGACGGCAUCAUUGUCGAAAAUGUGGCAAUAUCUUUUGCUCAGCACAUUGUUCCAACUAUUUCCGAUUAGAUCAAUUUUCCCAAUUUCAUCCCCAUGGUAAUAUCUCGAGAGGUUGCGACAACUGCGCCAACAGCUAUCGGCAGUGGAAGGCGAAUCUGAAACAGAUGGAGAUGAUGAAAUUGCAAACCAAGGCGCCAGCGGCAAAACCGUCACCUGGAGACUCGGUCAAGACGAAUACAUUGGAUAGACAUGCUGGUAUCAUGACCUUGCGUCCACAUGCCAUGGAAGGGGUGACGGAACUUGGCAGAGAUGACAUUGUACAAGAAUCUAAUGGACCCCAAUACAAUGGCAUCGCUAUCAAACAUAACAAGGCAAAGGAUCAAGGUGCCUUUAAUCCAAUCUCAUCCGUGCCUGCAGAUUGGCAAUGGUCUACUUUUUGA